AUGUCUGAAGAGAGAGGCGAUACCAACUUCUGGGAAAACUCGUGGGCUUUCGCAAAUUCUGAUAACUCGGGUGGCAGCGAAGAAAAGUCAGGAAAUAAACCACCACAAUGUUCCAACUCGCAAAGCCCCACUGCUACGAUGACAGUCCCCAUGGGAAGUCAAAAACGAGGUCGUAACGGGGCUUCGAAAAAUGGGAAAGGUAGUGCUGGUGAACCCGACCAUGAGAUACAUAUAUGGACGGAGAGAGAGCGGAGGAAAAAGAUGAGGAACAUGUUCUCUAAUCUUCAUGCUUUGCUUCCCCAUCUCCCUGCUAAGGCCGACAAGUCCACAAUUGUUGACGAAGCAGUGAAUUACAUCAAAACCCUUCAACAAUCUCUCCAAAAGUUACAGAAACAAAGGCUAGAAAUGAUACAAGGAGCGACAAUUGUGGACUUUGGAUCAUCACCAAAUGUGGCGCCACCGGCACUGACUCUCGACUCGAGGGAGUCAUUCCUUGCUGACCAUGGAUCAGCCAGCGGCUUGGCCAAGGCCACUACCUCUACGCAUUCGUCGUUGCUGGUACCUCGCUCUCCUUCAUGCUUUCAAACAUGGUCUUCGCCAAACGUUGUUUUGAGUGUAUAUGGAGAUGAGGCGCAAAUCAGUCUGUGCUCGCCAAGGAAGCCCGGGCUAUUGCCAACUAUCUUCUACGUUCUGGAGAAGCAUAAGUUGGAGGUCAUAACUGCUCAUAUUUCUUCAGAUUAUUAUCGGACCAUGUGUAUGAUCCAUGUUCAAGCAAACGGGACUGCCGAUCAAUUCCCAGAGGUAUUGCCGAUGGAGGAAAUAUACAAGCUUGCAGUCGGAGAGAUGAUAUUCUGGCUCUCUGCCUCAUGA